CUGGCCACAUUGCGGUCGUGUUCCGCUGCACAAACUGAGCGAGCGUCCUGGACGCAAUGAGGAAUAACUCAAACCUCACUUCCAGUUCCACACUGCACUUCACCAGCACAAAAAAACUCAGACAUGGAUGACCCACUCACAAAAUGGCUCCACUUUCACACUGACAUCAACAACACGUCGGGAACGUGUGGUGUUUUCGACAGCUGAUUUAUGGAAAGGCAGGACAUAACUACAACGUGAUGAAAUUAUGGAAAAAAUUAAGCCGGAGCUUUGUCCUGGAAGUCCCGGUGCCAAAUCGUGCAGCCCACUGAAGCAGGAUUCCAUCAUCAGGGGGAAUGGAUGCAAAGACCCGGAGGACUCGAAGGAGGAGAACUUCCCAGGGGAGGGGGUUAAAACAGAUGACGCGCCUCUGCGGGACCCGCGCAACCUGACCAUCAUCCUCAACGGCGUUGCCAAGGAAACCGCUUACGACGCUCUUGACCUGAAAGGGGAAGUACCAGUAAUCGAGCUUUCGAGGAGAGACGAUAUAAAGGCGGGACAGCAGAGAACGGACAGUCUCACGGUACCGAUCACGGAGCUUCGCAGACCACCCGUGCCGUUGCCGCUGCCGCACCGAGACGCGCUGAACGACGCCCGAAUGGUUCAGCUGAGCCCAAACGCGUUCCCUCUCCCAGCGCGAGCAAUGCUCUACAACCUGGCGCAACCUCUCUCCGCAAUCAACAGCCUUGGAGGAGAGUCGGAACAAUACUGCAUGUACCCCAGCAACAGGGCAAAGCACCGCCCAGCGCCUUACGAGGUUGAGUUUGACGAGGCUGGCCAGCCAAAGAUCGUACGGCGGAUCUUCACCAACAGCCGGGAGCGCUGGCGGCAGCAGAACGUUAACGGAGCGUUCUCCGAGCUCCGGAAGCUCAUCCCCACCCACCCACCGGACAAGAAGCUGAGCAAGAAUGAGAUACUGCGUCUGGCCAUGAAGUAUAUCAGCUUCCUGUCCAACCUGCUGGAUGACCAGGACGGAGGUGGCACAGUGGCCGUGGGCGACGAGACAGGGCUUCUGGUGGGGGGCCGUGAGGGUCGACCCCAGGGGCCCCGUCAGGACGUGGUGGGACUGGCCACGGAGGACGACCUGCUCCUCCAGGGCACGUUGUCGCCUGGGUCCAGCUGCGGGAGUCUGCCAGAUGGGGACGGCAGCCCCGAGAGCUUCACCGAGGACCGGGACUCACCCACAGGCCAGAGGACUGUGCCCGCCCCGCGCGGUAGGGAACUGCGACGCAACAUGCGUCCACAAGACAGCGGCAGUCAGCGAUGAUGGUGAUGAUAAUAUUGGUGGUGACAGUUAUAACAAUGAUGGUGACGGAGUUGACGAUGAUGGAGUUGAUGAUGACGGAGUUGAAGGUGGACCACAGUAAAACACAUGGAUUGACUUUUUUCCCUGAAAGAGGGAUGACUUAAAUAUGGAUGACAAGGGUCCUAGCAUCUUUGAGAUUCAUCAAAAGAGCAGUGCUUUAGGUUCUGGAAGCAUGCUGAUGACAGAAUUUCACUUCGUCAGGAUUCUAAUCAGCUCAUACUGAAUCCAAUGGCAGCUUGCUUGGUAUGGUCCUUAUUCGGUCAAUUGGUUGACAAAACGAAAGACUUGUAAAUUCUGCAUGCUUUUAAUGCUGUCUAUGACCUGGGUUGAGGAACAACUCAUAUUUCCUGAGUUGUGAAUGUUCAAAUACAGUGUGCUUCUGUUACAUUAUCAUGUCAUGAGAAGUAUACAUCCUAUGUCAUCAUCAUAGAAGUCACUCAUGCCAUGGUACCAUGAGGCGAUGCAAUGGAGGUUUACACCAGGAAAUGGCAAUGGGAUGUUCUCACCUUGGGUUAGGAUCCAACUUCGCCAGUUGUCAAUGAGGGCAUUCUAACUCUUCUGAGUAGUCAAGUUUACGACAACAACAUGACAACAGCAUAGCUGUUUCACUGAUAGCAAUGGCUUGAUGUCAAAUCCUCACAAUAAAAUACACACUUAAACAAGCA